CACCUCGGUGGUCCGGACAACAUCACUGCGUAUGCACUUGAGGAUAGCAAGCUCUGGAAGCGUCACUUGCUGAUCCUUGUGGUGCAAGUUGCGGGAGCCGGAUAUGUCCUCUACAAGUACAUCGCCGGCAGUGGGAUCUUCAUCACACUGGCUGCCAUCUUGAUACUCGUUGUUGGUGUUGCAAAGUAUGGGGAGAGGACAUGGGCACUCCGGGCAGCCAACUUCAGCAUUCUUCAGAGCUCUCUCAAGGCGACCAAACAAAAAAAGAAAACAAACAAGGUACCAAGGCGCGACCAACACUUUUAUCAAGAAUGGUAUAGUGACUUGGCGGACGAGCGCAUUCUGCAGCGUGCUCACUCCCUUUUUCAUAUCUGCAAGCGCGGGCUAGUUGAUUCAGUGAUCGAGAUAGAUGACCCCAAUAGCUCGAGUAAGGUAACAAUAGAGGAACUCAAGAACAACCAUGAGAAAAUGUGGAGGGUGAUGGAGAUGGAACUCUCCCUCAUGUAUGAUAUCCUCUACACCAAGGCAAACGUGAUCCACUCUUGGGUUGGCUACUGCAUACGUAUCAUAUCUCCUUUUGCUGUCAUCGCCUCACUCGUGUUGUUCGAGUUGAGCGACAAAGAUGGCUACAGCCGAGUGGAUAUUGCAAUCACACACACCUUGUUGGGUGGUGCCCUGGUUCUAGAGACGAAAUCGCUCCUUGGCGCACUAGGGUCGAGCUGGGCGCUUGGUUUCUUGUGUGCCACGCGAUUAGAUUGGCUCCGUCAUUCAGCUUUGUGCACCGGAAGAUGGUAUCAGCUACGGCGCACAAUUCUUUCUCUUCGCCGGUCCUGGCCUGGCAAGAUAAUCAUGACGGGAAGCUCAAGGAGGUGGUCAGGCACCAUAGGUCAGCACAACAUGCUGCGUUUUCGUGCUGGACAGGUGGAUCCCAUGAGUCGCCGGCUCGGCAGUCUGUUCAAGAUGAUGGGACUUGAUGAGUGGUGUAACACGAGAAAGUUGUGGACCAUCGAUGUCUCUGAGAAGGUCAAGGAGCGUGCAAGGAAGUGGAUGGCAAAAACAGGUGACAUGAACACAAUGGGCCUGCGAAGGACUAAAUGGGGUGAGCUGGCACUGAAUCACAAGGAUUACCCUAAGCUGUUGGAGAAGUUGGAGGAUUAUAAUUUAGUUGACUUCCAUGAGAGCGUCAUCUGCUGGCACAUCGCCACCCACAUAAUCCUUGCUAAAGAAGAACAAUGGGGCGACAACGAUGUGGAGAAUGUGGAGGUGGUCAGUGUAGUGUCCAAUUACAUGAUGUUCCUCCUUGUGGACUCCCCUGAAAUGCUACCGGGCCUUCCCCAAAACUGGUUGUACGAGCAAACCUGCAAGCAACUGGACAAUAUUUGCCAAAAAGUUACCGAUUCUCGUAGCAACAAUUUCUUCACCGUGCUCAUUAACUUGUUCCGACCAGACCAUCACCGUGACUGGGAACCUUCUAAACUUGAGAAGGACAUCGCCAGUGCCAUAUUAAAGGAAGGGGGAGCUACUAACUCUGAAAAUCCUCGGCUCACUUAUGCAUGUGUCAUUGCUGACACGCUUCUUGCUAGGGAGGAAAAUGUGGUUACUGCUCUGCUAAACUUGUGGUUGGACUUCUUGACCUACGCAGCCAACCGGUGCAACAGGGAGGCGCACGCGAGGAAACUCAGCACCGGCGGUGAGUUGCUGACCAUCAUCUGGCUUUAUCUGGAACAUCUCCACCAAGUUAAAGAAAGAAGAAGAUAGGGUUAGAACCUUGUAUAAUUCACUCUACUGUGACG